AAAAAGCAAUGUAAUUUUACAUGCUCCCUUCAUACUUGUGCUGAUUGUCAAACAAUGUCAACGAACAGAUAACGAGCUUGAAAACUAAUAUUAUCCUACUGAUAAAAACAAAGACGUUAAAUUUAUCAGAUCACCAGAAUAAUUUAUUAAAGCACGUGCGUCAACACAAAAAAUAUAUAUAAAAUAUAUAUAAAAUACAUGUACAUGUUAUUUUAUAUAUCCUUGUUUUUAAUUAAUUUGUGAAAUUGUUAAUUUAGUUGAUCUAAACAUUAUGAAAGCUUUUUGUAUUAUCAUAGUGAGCUUUGUGUUAAUUUUUCAAGGAUUUAAUUAUGUUAAAUGUGAAUUGGAAUUAAAACUUUUACAUGUGUUAUUUCGUCAUGGGGAUAAAGUGCCGCAUAAAGAAUUUCAAAAUUAUCCAAAUGAUCCACAUUCAAAUGAGACAUAUUUUCCAAUGGGCAGUGGUGGUUUAACUAAUAUUGGUAAAAUUCGUGAAUAUCAUAUUGGAACAUUACUUCGUGAUAGAUAUCAUGAAUUUAUUGGUCCAUAUUACUGGCCAGAUUUGGUCUAUGGACGUUCAACAGACGUGCCAAGAACUCAAAUGUCACUUCAGCUUGUUUUAGCUGGUUUGUUUCCACCAAUAAAACAACAAUUAUGGAAUCCAAAUAUUCUUUGGCAACCAGUGUCAGUUGUAUCAGUACCAAAUCAAUAUGAUUCACUUUUAUUUUCUCAUUAUUGUCCUCAAUAUGUCAAAGAAUACAAACAUUUUUUAAAACAAAAAAAUACUAAACAAAUGCUUGAUAAACACAGUGAUACUAUGAAAUAUAUUUCACAGCAUACUGGUAAAAAUAUUGAUACAACAUCAGCUGUAUAUUAUUUGUAUAAUUUAUUCAAAGAACAGGCUGCUGAAAAUUUAACACUACCAAAAUGGACUCAAAAAGUUUAUCCAAAUCCAAUGAAAGAAAUAACAAUUGAUGAUUUUAAUUUACGAUCAUAUACAAAUGCAUUGAAGCGUUUAAAUGGAGGACCAUUAUUACGUGAAAUAACAGAAAAUAUAAAAUCAUUUGUUGAUGAAUCAUUGAGACCACCAAGUAGAAAAUUAUUUUUAUACUCAGCACAUGAAUUAAAUGUUGCUGCAUUAUCAAGAAGUAUUGGUAUAAAAGAUCCAGCUCUUCCAGAAUAUGGAUCAGCAAUCAUAAUUGAAACUCUUCAAGAUGAAAGAAAAAAAUAUUUCAUCAGGAUUAUUUUGUGGACUGGAGUAAGUGGUCAACUUGUCAAUCAAAAAAUACCAGAAUGUCAAGAGCUAUGUCCACUGGAUGAUUUUUUAAAUAUUCUUCAUGAUGUGAUACCAAGUAAAAGUCAAGUUGAUGAUUGUUACAAUGAACUGCAUCACCAGCAUCAUCAUCAUCGUCAUCAUCAAGAUAAAACAAUAUCAAAAUCAUCAGCUGGAUUUAAAGACACUUCUGUUAACUUGAUGAUUUUAACAAUAAUUAUUAUUUUAUUAUUUAAUUUUUAAAUAUAAAAUUUAUGUUCAAAUAGUUGACACGAAAUUUAAACUAAUUAAUCAUUUAAAAAUUAAAUUCUCGCUGUUUUUAUAUAAAAAGAAUGAGUAUUGAUUUUUUUAUAAAUUCAACAGCUUCAAGUUUUCAGUUGAACAACCUCAUUUAACCUGAUACUUUUUUUUUAUUACUGGUAUUCAGUGAAUAGUAUUUUUGUCUUUUCAUGAAAAUAAUUAUUAUUAUUUUAAUAUAAAAAUACAUAUUGAGGGCAUUGUCAUUUUGAAAAGAUAAAAUGAAUGUGCUGAAUAUGAAGGCUUAGUACAUAUUUUUGUUUUUAUUUUUUAUUUUUUUUGAUAAUUCAUCCCUUGGUGGUAGCAACAGGUGUGGAGACAAGGGGGAUUGUAAAAAGUGUCAGGCAUUUCAUCACAACAAUACAUUGUUUGUUUUUUUUUUUUUCUUUUUUUUUUAUUUAUUUUUUUUGGAGUGAGAAUAACACCAGUCAAGUAUCAUCAUCAACAUCAUUUAUUACUUGUAAAUUUUUAAAAUAUUUGUAUGAUAAUAAUAACAAUAAUUAUUGUUUUUUUCAUGAAAUUUAUUUAAUAUAUAAAAAAACGUUAAUUUGUCAAUAUUUGUAAAUGAAAAUUAACUUUAUUAGUUAAUAAUUAAUAACAAUCAAUUAAUAAAGAGAUAAAAAAUUUUAAACUCA